CAUUAUUUUAAGAGUAAAAAAUUGUACAAAAUCCGGUAAUAAUGGCUAAUAACAUUAUUGAAUUGCCAAAUAACGUACAAAAGGCUAUACGCUCCGGAAUUGGUUUCGGAAAAAUAUCGGAAUGUAUGAUGGAAUUGAUAUAUAAUUCCAUAGAUGCAGGAUCUACUUGCAUUGCUAUUAGAUUUGAUUUGAACAAAUUUUAUUUGCAAAUCCUCGAUAAUGGAGAAGGUAUUUCUAAAGAUGGCCUAAAAAUGGUAGGGAAAAGGUACACGACAAGCAAAUUGAAAAGUGUAAGAUGUCUAGAGCAAGUUCCAAAAUUUUGUGGAUAUAAAGGAGAAGCUCUGUGCACUAUCAUAGAUUUGUCUAAGACUUGUAUCAUAACAUCUAAACAAGAGCAUGCUAAAACAUAUCAAAAAAUAUUCUAUCAAGGUGCUCAUCAUGAUGUGUUGAAGAUUAAAGUAGGACGACCUAGUAAAGGGACGUCGGUUGUUAUUGGAGGUUUGUUCUACAAUAAGCCAGUGCGUCAGAAAAACUUUAAUUUAUUUAUUGAAGUACAAAAUAUGACAACAUCAAUAAAAAAUUUGGCUUUAAUAUUCCCUAAAAUAUCAUUUUCCUUGUACGAUCGGAGUAAAAAUGAAUAUUUAUUGCGUCUUGCAUCUUGCAAAACAAUUCCCGAUAGAUAUAAUCAGAUAUACAACCAUAACGUGUCAAAAGAAUUUACAACAAUGCGUUUUAGACAUUUGAGAGAUAUUAAUGUUUCGGCAUUUUUUGGAAAAUUUUAUUCAAAUUUGAAAAAUCAACAACUCAUAUUUAUAAAUGGUAGACAAGUCGAGUGUAAAAAGAUGCAGAAAGUUUUAAAUUCUCAUGUAAAUGAUAUUAUAAAUGAUGGAAGUUUGAAUGAUUCUUUUUCGUUGGAUGAAAAAUUGAAGGAAUGUAAUUUUGUAAAUUUUACACCAGACGAUGUAUUGUAUCCUGUGUACAUAAUUAAUAUGGUUUGUCCGAUUUAUAAAUUUAUAGCAUUUGUCAAUGUGUCUAAUUCAAUAUUUAAAAUUGAAUACAACGAAGUAUUUGUGGACAUUGUGCAAAAUAUUGUUGCAAAAUUGAAAACUAAUAAAAGUGUGCUAAAUUCUUCUUCAUCGAAAGAAGAUAUUAAACUGAAAAUUGACAAGUUGGAUAUUCUUGAGUUAUUUCAUUUUGAGGAAAAAGCCCACCAGGAAAAAUAUAGUAAGAGUGACGAGGAACAGUUUUUGGAAAAUAUUUUAUGUCAAAUGAUUUAG